CAUUAUUCUUUGCCUCAAGGGAGUUUUAAAUAUAAGAAAUAAUGAAAAAGAUGAUUAAGAUUAAGUGUCCCCCUUAACCAGAUAGUUAGUUAGUUGCAUAAAGUCUGGGUUUAGUGUGCAUCAUUAUUUAUAUUUUAGCCUCUCGUUUGGGGUGUGCUGAAUUUGCACUUGCAACACACACUGUUCUCAAUCUCAACCGCGAUUCAGGCUCGGUGAAUCUCAAAGCGUCGGCUGCUGGUAGAUGCGAUUGGAGAACGAAAAUGGGAUUCAGAGUGCGCGUGCAGCGAGCCCCCAUUCUCAAACGAGAGUGCGCGCGGCCGUCCAGAGGAUGCGUGCGCGCGCUUGAGGGGCUGCGGUCCCAUUGACUAUUCCGUCUCCCUGACAGCGGCAGCAUCAGCAGCAGCAGCGAGCUCGGAAAACAGAGCGCCGAGGGGACUCCGCCUUUUCUCCCAUCAUCCCACCCGAGAGCCCGAGCUCCGAGGCGGCUUCUUCAACAAGCGCAAGACCCCCCUUUUCGACUCGCACAUGUCCUCCAGAUCGGAUAUGGACUACCCUUAACUGGACCUGGAGGGGAGAAGCAGGCGGGCGGGCGGGGGGUGGGGGGGAGAGACACAGGAGAAAAACCCGUAUAGGAAGAGAAGCGCAACCGUCGGUGCCCGCCGCAACGAUGAACGGUUCGCCACGCUCGCGACUGCCGCGGAUAAGCCAUCGGACUAUGUCCUGAAUAGCGGUUUACAUAGCUGGGAUUGUGCACCGAUCACACAGGGGUAAAAUAUGUCCGCCUCGGUGGGGCCCCGCGGCGGCCCUCGCCCACCCACAGCGCAGAACUCCGUACCCGAGCUUCCGGACCUCAGUCACCUCACCGAGGAGGAGAGGAACAUUAUCAUGGCUGUGAUGCUUCGGCAGAAGGAGGAAGAGGCAAAGGAUGAGGCCAUACUCAAAGAGGAGAAGCCCAUACAAGCAAAAACAGUGAACCUGGUCGGGAAUAAGAAACCACCUCAGCAGAACGACAUCAGUUUGCACAAGCAGUUUGCCAACUGCAAGGAGCAGGUGAGGCGGAUUGGGCCGGAGCCCCCCCAACAGAGGCAGCAGGGCCAACACAAGGAUGAUGCCCCCACCUGUGGCAUCUGCCACAAGACCAAGUUUGCUGAUGGCUGCGGAAACCUGUGCUCCUACUGCCAGACUAAGUUCUGUGCCCGAUGCGGGGGAAGGGUCUCUCUGCCUUCCAAUAACGUAAUGUGGGUAUGUAACCAGUGCGAAGGCAACAGGAUAUGCUCACUAAAUCAGGAGAGUGGUUUCCCAGCCAAGGGCCCAAGCCUGGAGAGCUGGGGUCAGCAGUGAGUGAACCGACCAUGUGUGGAGAUCCCAUCGGGGAGAAGAAGGUGCACUCUAGGUCUCAGAACCCUCUCAACUCCUCAGUUUCCACUGCCCAUGACUCCCAGUCAUCUGCCCCAACUGACCCCAGAAAAGGCCCCUCCACAGGGCCAGCCGACACGCUAUCAUCACGCUCACGCAGUGAGCCUCCACAAGGAAGAAAGAAACCACCAGCAGCAUCUGAUCAGAAUGGCAAGCUAGGGCCAAGAGGUGAGAGGCGGCGAGGCCUAUCCAGAAUCCACUCCGAAGAGCGAGAUACCGGAGAAAAUCGGAGAGAAAGUCGAAGACUGAUGAAGACUCGUUCUCAGGAGCACGACAGUCCUGAGACCAGGAGGACUGAGGGGGAGCAGAAGCCACCCAGGGAACAGUGCAGGACUGACCCAAAUACUCCACAUCUGGCCAAACUCCAGCCGGCGGAGCCUGAUGGACGUAUGCACUCUAAGGCGAGGGAAGCAGGGGAGAUGCAGGACAACAGAGGUGCACGGAGAUGGGCAGAUGGGCGGCAGGCCUCGCUGGAGGGUCAGCAGCAGGCCUACGUCCCAGAAAGGACCGCGGGGGGUACAGGUUUGCAGGGUGUGCCUGUUGUGCAGGGUCCUCCUCCUAAAACAAACCACAACCCACAGCCGCCCGCUCCUGGGUUCAGGGUGGGCCUUGCCAUGCCCGCAUGCCCACCUGAGCUCAGGGAGCCUCAGGAAUGGGACAGGAAGUUGCAGCCGAGCCAUCUGGACCCCAGCUCGGCUGCGCUGCUGCGCAAAUCGAAACGACAAAAAGCUGAGAGCAUGCUGCGCAAUGAUUCGCUCAGCUCUGACCAAUCUGAGUCCCUACGACCGCCCCCGCCCCGCCCCUACAAGAGCAAACGGGGCGGAAACAAGAGGCAGAUGUCUGUCAGCAGCUCGGAGGAAGAGGCUGGUUCGACACCAGAAUACACCAGUUGUGAAGAUGUGGAGAUUGAGAGUGUCAGCGAGAGAGGGGACUGGGAGUGCUGUCCACUGGACCCCACUGCGUGGCAUCAUCCGGUUACAUGGCAGCCCUCCAAGGAAGGUGAUCAUUUAAUUGGCCGAAUCACUCUGAGCAAGCGAACAGCCAUGCCAAAAGAGGCUGGGGCUCUGAUAGGGCUAAAGGUGGUCGGGGGGAAGAUUACAGAAACUGGGAGACUCGGGGCCUUCAUCACCAAAGUCAAGAAAGGAAGUAUAGCUGAUGUGGUGGGUCAUCUACGGGCCGGUGAUGAGGUGCUUCAGUGGAAUGGGAAAUCAUUACCAGGAUUAACCGAGAAAGAAGUUUACAAUAUCAUCUUGAAUUCCCAAACAGAACCACAAGUUGAAUUAGUAGUAUCAAGGCCGAUAGGUGAUACACCACGAAUACCAGAAACAUCACACCCUCCGUUAGAAUCUACAGGUUCAAGUUCCUUCGAAUCACAGAAGAUGGAACGACCCUCUAUAUCUGUUUUGUCCCCUUCCAGCCCAAGUGGUCUUAGAGAUGCCCCUCAGCUACUGCCUGGACAGCUGUCGGUGAAAAUGUGGUACGAUAAGGUCGGCCAUCAGCUGAUAGUGAACGUAUUGCAGGCUUCAGACCUGCCACCCAGAUCGGAUGGACGACCCAGAAACCCCUAUGUCAAAAUGUACUUCCUGCCUGAUAGAAGUGAUAAGAGCAAGAGAAGGACGAAGACAGUGAAGAAAAGUCUGGAGCCCAAGUGGAACCAGACUUUUGUGUACUCUUAUGUCCAUCGCCGGGAUUUCAGAGAACACAUGCUGGAGAUUACUGUGUGGGACCAACCCAGAAUGCAAGAUGAGGAGAGUGACUUUCUGGGAGAAAUCCUAAUAGAGCUGGAGACUGCCCUAUUGGAUGAUAAGCCUCACUGGUACAGGCUGCAGGCACAUGACGUCUCUUCCAUCCCACUGCCGCACCCGUCGCCAUACCUGCCCCGCAGACACGGACACACUGAAACACCCACCAAAAGGCUGCAGCGCUCGCAGCGUAUUACAGAAUCUGAUUAUGAUGAUGGUAUUGGCAAAGUCGCCACAGCAACAGAAAACCGAUCAAGAGAAAGAGAAAGAGAACGGGACAGAGACAGAGACAGAGACAGAGACAGAGGCCGAGACCGAGACCGGGCGACAACAUUAGAGGUUCCAGAUCAGCAAAGGCAAACUCAGUAUCGCUCACGGUCCGUGUCCCCAAACAGAGAUGAACAGGGCAGGGGGCGGUCCCGCCCAGCCAAUGUCCCUGCACAGAGGAGUCUGGAUGAGGUCCAGCACAGCCGGCGAUCCCGUUCCCCAACGCGCUACCACGACCGUGCCCGUGUGCAAGAGAGAGAAUAUGGAGAUGACAGUGAGGUCAUCUUGAUAUACAGAUCAAUGCGGGGUGGAAGCGCAGAGUGUCUGCACACCCAAAGCUCAACACGUCCUGCAUGCCUUAAGUCAAAGUCACGGCUAUCUGUAGUCACUGGCACUCAACCUACAGUCACACGCCAAGCUCUUAGGUUCACAGACAAGAUCUCCAUUAGUGAUCUACAGUCCUCUCUUGACAGGGUUAGAAGCGCUAGUACCAACUGUCUGAGACCAGGUUCUAGUUCCAAUUCACCUGAACGAGACAGGAGCACCCAGUCUCUACCCCGUACCAGACCCAUGAGCCCCAGGAUCCUAAUUCAGCAUGCCUCCCCAGAAGACGACAGGGUGCAGCCACACACCAGCCCUGCAUUUUCCUCAUCAACAGCCAACUCUUCUUCGACACGCAAGGUCAGACAGCUUCCCCAAGUCCCCGCCAAAAGCAGCAAUGUAGAGCAAGCUCUUGCUUCAGAGGAGCGAACGCGGCAGAUGAAAGUACGUACCUUCCGAACACCAGCUCCCUCUAGUACCAGCCAGGAUCUGGAGAGGACGCCCAAGAAUAAACGAGAGCUUUAUAAGGAGCAACGAAGGAGCUGUGACAAUGUGUCCCAUAAGUCCUCAGACAGUGAUGUCAGUGAUGUGUCAGCCAUCUCUCGUGCCAGCAGUGCCUCGCGGAUCAGUAGCACCAGCUACAUGUCCAUUCAAUCAGAACAACCCAGGGGUCACUUUAGCCAUCAUAUUCAUCCAUCCAGCCGCAGCAUGCUGAAGAGUACAAGUGUUAGUGGGGAAAUCUACACUCGGGAGCGUACGGACGGCAGCCAGUCAGACACCGCUCUGGGAACACUGGGAGCAGGAGGGAAAAAGCGCAGAUCCAGCCUUAGCGCACGUGUAGUCGCCAUCGUUGGCAUUCCCUCCCGCCGCAGCAGAAGCACCUCUCAGCUCAGUCAGACAGAAGCAGCCAACAAGAAAGCAAAGGGAUCCAGUCAGAUCCAGCGCAGUCAGGAGACGGGAAUGGCAGUGGAGUAUGCCCGCAAUGUCAUGGCUCGCCAAGCCAGUCGAGAGUCCACUGACGGCAGCAUGAACAGUUAUAGCUCUGAGGGCAAUCUGAUCUUCUCAGGGAUGAGAUUAGGGGCCGACAGCCAGUUCAGUGACUUCCUUGAUGGUCUUGGCCCUGCUCAGUUGGUGGGCAGACAAACACUUGCUACGCCUGCUAUGGGAGAUGUUCAAAUUGGACUGAUGGACAAGAAAGGUCAACUAGAGGUGGAAGUUAUCAGGGCCCGUGGUCUUACGUCUAAACCAGGUUCCAAAUCGCUGCCAGCUCCCUAUGUCAAGGUCUAUUUGCUGGAAAACGGAGCGUGCAAAGCCAAAAAGAAAACCAAGAUUGCACGAAAAACACUUGAUCCUUUGUAUCAGCAAUCGCUGCUGUUUGAGGAAAGUCCCCAGGGUAAAGUUCUCCAGGUAAUAGUCUGGGGAGAUUACGGCCGCAUGGACCACAAAUGUUUCAUGGGAGUCGCCCAGAUUUUUUUAGAGGAGCUGGAUCUUUCUAGCACAGUGAUUGGUUGGUACAGACUGUUUCCCCCUUCAUCACUGGUCGACCCGACGUUAACUCCUCUCACUCGUCGUGCUUCCCAGACCUCGCUGGACUCUUCAGGGCCGCCGGGCAUCAGGUCCUAGUGAACAGACGGGAGUUUGAGGCGAAACAAAAUACACGAUCCACUGGACCAAGGACCGGAGGCAACAAUCAGAACCAGAGCGGCAGAUAAAGAGACAGAUGGACAGAAUCAUGAUCAAAGCUUUGCUGAAGCCUGACAAUCACUUCUCUCUUUUACUUUUGAUCUUUGGGUUGUAGAGAUUUCCUUUGAUCCACUCUGCUCCUUUACUGCAUGUUUUGUGGCUGAGAUGACGAUUCGACUCAAAUAAAAAGAGAAGGAAGGGAGAUCCUGCCUCAUCUGACAGGAAGCGGAGCCCACAGUGGCGCCGGUAGCCUAGACUACUCUGGUCAGUCAGUGCAUUUAUUUUCUCACGUGUUUGAGAGUUAGCGAGAGUGAGAGGACAGCACUGCCCUUCCUCUAUAUUGCACUUACAGGAAGUCCCUCUGCUGAAAGACCAGAGGUCAAGGGUUAAAGGUCAAAAUUUAGUCUUCUCAGAGAGUUUCCUCUCUGCAUCACGGAUGCUGCAUCCAAGGCCCCGCUGUGUGCCGGUCUGGCACAAACUCAGACUCAGUUUGUGUGACUGCGCUGUGUGUGUGUGUGUGUGUGAGUGUGUUUGUGUCUAAGAAGGCAGGGACCCCUGAGAACCUUUUAAGUCUGUUUACAGCAGUUAUUACCAACUGCUUUGCCUUUUCAUGUUACUGUUGAUUUGGUAAAUAGACACACUUUGUAGAAUGUGAAAACAUGCUUUAUGUUUUCUGACAUUUGUGUCAUACGAGCUACACGGAAGACACAAAACCACUUGUAUUUGAUUCAUUGGGAUUGUAAGAAGCUGCCAUUAUCAUUUAGGUUCCCUGACAGGAAACGGUCACUAGAUGCAUUAGCUCACUAACACAUUUGAUUCCCGGAUUCCAUGCGACCACAAACCACAUCUUACAGGUCUUUCCGAGCAUUUUAAUUCUGUUCUGUUUGGUAAAGGACCUGUACAUUCAGAUAUUAGAAUGUUAUUAUUAUUAUUAUUCUACCCGACUAGAGUUGACAUUAUUUUAAUGCAAGCACAAAAAGAGAAAAAAAUCAUGCUUUUGGAGAUGAAUACUAGAGAUGAAAUUAGUUUCAAGAGGCCAAGAAGCUUCCUAUUUUUAGCUGUUUGUCAUCAGUUUUUUAGUUUAGUUGAUUAUAAAACCAGUCUCACAGAUCCCUCCUGAGCAUUUUGAAUGUGACAGUGAGAUGUCCCAACAAGGGGUACAGAUGCCACCAACAAGGGGAACAGCAUGAAUCUGGAACUGUUCCAAGUUGCAUGCACAUUUUGUAAAACAAGACAGAUGAGAAAAAAAGAGACUACAAUACGUGUGUUAGUUCCACAAACUGUAGGCCAGCUUGUAUGUUGCAUGUACUUGUACAGUUUGCUUGUACUUGAUAUAAAUAGAUUAUCAAAUAAAACAAAGCCAUUCAUUCCAUGUUUGGGCAUUUGGCCGGGUUCAGCCAUACACACAGGCCUUAUUUUGAGGCUGAAUGUCGAUAAUUAUUUGUAAUUUCCUUUUUUUUUUAACCCUGGAUGGAAAAUUAAGUGCUGUACUAUAGUACUGAGCAAACACAUGGCCCUAUUUUAUUAAAGAUGUUGGUGUUCACUGUAGUCUGUACUACUGUGGGGCUAAAACUAAGGUAGAUAAUCUGUAUAAAAACUAGAGCUGUAUAUGGAAUAUAAUUAGGAAAAUCACAGUGACUUAGAGAUAUAUCGAUAUUGAAACAGAGUGUAUCAAGUAAACAUCACUUAUGUACAUGCAUAUAUGUAAAUAUGAGUCUGCAAAGAAGUUUACUUAUAUUUACAAAGCAGCGCCAUUCAAGUUAAUGGAUCACUGCUCACUGUCUCUUGGUUCUGCUGAGCGGAAGAAGGGAUGCCUCCAAAGUUUUAUUUUAGCGAUGCCCAAUCUGACGAGAGAAAUUUGGAACUCUGCCGACCUGUUGCAUUAUCAUAAAUGCUCAUGAAUCCUUGUUUCAAUGAGAAGUUUACUUUAUAUGCCAGGUUAGGGCAGACUUAUUUACUUUGUCAGUAUUAUUCCAGGAUACUGAUUGUUUACAGUUCGUGUGUUCCACUGAAACAAAAUUGAAAGUAUUCACUGCAACAUUUCUUGUUUGUACAGCAGACGUGGCUCAAAUAAUGUGUAUGUUUUAUAUUCAAGAGUUCAUUUUUAUUAUUUACAAAUAAAAGACUGUGUGGAA